GGCGGAGGAGGGAGGGAAAUGGAAGCUGAUGGGGGGCGGGGCCCAAUGGAGUGUUGUUGCCCGUCCGCCGCCAUGUCCCCGCCGCCGCCGCCGCCGCCGCUGAGGUGAUCCCGUUCCCGGCCUUCGAGCAUCCAGGCGGGGUGCGGCGGGCGGGUGGGUGUCCGAGGCCCCCCCCGGGCGCUCCGCCUCGCCGCAUGGAGGCCGCUCUCAAGGCCAAGGGGAGGCUGCUGGCCUCCAACGCCUUGGACGCGAAGGACGAGCUGGAAGAGAAACUAGAGAGGUGUUUCAGUGUGAUUUCGCCAAUGGUCAGUGGUGUGUCUGAGAGAGAAGCUAACGAUGCAUUGAAUGCUCAUGUCUGCAAGGGGGCCCAGCAACAUGAGGAGGUUUGUCUGGGACUUUUAACGAUGAUUCUAACCGAACCUUCGCAAGCGCAAAGGUGUUACCGGGAUCUGAUGUUGGUGAGCAGAGACGGCAUGAACCUGAUUUUAAUGAAGAUUAAUCAGCUCCUCAUGGAGAAGUACCUGAAACUGCAGGAUACCGUGAGGAUACAGUUGGUGUGGACAGUCCGUGAAGUUGUGAAGAACGCUGUGUUGGGAGCAGAUGGAGUGUGUAUGACGUUAAUGAAGCAGAUUGCUGGCGGCGAUGUGACUCCGAAGAAUAUCUGGCUAGCUGAAAGUGUCCUUGAAAUCCUCGUGGACCAGCGGGAGUGGGUGCUGAAGAGUAACAUGCUGAUCGCCAUGAUCGUUUACACCUACCUCCGGCUCAUCGUGGAUCACCACGGCACACCGCAGCUGCAGGCACUCCGACAGAAGGAGGUGGACUUCUGUAUGACCCUGCUCCGGGAGAAGUUCAUGGACUGCACGAUGAUCGGCCGAGACCUGGUCCGACUACUACAGAAUGUUGCGAGGAUACCAGAAUUCGAGAAGUUAUGGAGAGACAUUCUACAUAAUCCUCAGGCCCUGAGCCCCCAGUUCACAGGUAUCCUGCAGCUUUUACAGACUCGAACGUCCCGGAAGUUUCUGGCCUGCCGUUUGACCCCCGACAUGGAGACCAAGCUGCUGUUCAUGACCUCCAGGGUACGGUUCGGCCAGCAGAAACGCUACCAGGACUGGUUUCAGCGUCAGUAUCUGUCCACCCCCGACAGCCAGUCGUUACGCUGUGACCUGAUCCGUUAUAUCUGUGGCGUUGUUCAUCCAUCCAAUGAGGUUCUGAGCUCAGACAUCCUCCCUCGAUGGGCCAUCAUCGGUUGGUUACUGACCACGUGCACGUCCAAUGUUGCAGCUUCCAAUGCCAAGCUGGCCCUGUUUUAUGAUUGGUUAUUCUUCAACCCGGAGAAGGACAGCAUCAUGAACAUCGAGCCAGCCAUCUUGGUUAUGCAUCAUUCCAUGAAGCCUCAUCCAGCCAUUACUGCCACUCUGCUUGACUUCAUCUGUCGGAUUAUUCCUCACUUCUAUCCCCCGCUGGAGUCCCACGUCAGGCAGGGGGUGUUCAACUCACUCAAUCACAUUGUGGAAAAGCGAGUGCUGGCGCCCCUGGCGCCUCUGUUCGACAACCCAAAACUGGACAAGGAGCUGCGUGCCAUGAUCCGGGAGAAGUUUCCGGAAUUCUGUAGCUCGCCCUCCCCACCGGUGGAAGUGAAAAUUGAGGAAUCCGUUGCCAUUGAUAUGGAUAACCAUGUCACUGACAAAGAGCGGGAGGAGAACUGCUAUGACAGUACAGAUGCUGCCUUUAGUGAUGAUGAGGAGGAGAUGAAUAAUAAAGGUAAGUGA